UAUGUCACGCCCACCGCAGCCUGUUGUCCUGGAGACCGUGUACGUGUAGUCAUCCGGAGACGCGGAGGCGGAACUGCCAACAUGUGACAUGGCGGCCCUGGAUAGGGUGAAGGUGCUGGUGCUGGGGGACUCAGGUGUUGGGAAAUCUUCCCUCGUCCAUCUCCUGUGUCAGAACCAGGUCCUGGGUAACCCCUCGUGGACGGUGGGCUGUUCUGUGGAUGUCAGGCUUCAUGAAUACCGGGAAGGGACCCCAGAGGAGAAGACGUAUUACAUUGAGCUGUGGGAUGUUGGUGGAUCCGUGGGCAGCGUGAGCAGCAUGAAAAGCACCAGAGCCGUGUUCUACAAUGGUGUCAAUGGUAUCAUCCUUGUCCAUGAUCUAACUAACAAGAAGUCUUCUCAGAACCUGUAUCGCUGGUCAUUAGAGGUCCUGAACAGAGACCUGCAGCCGACGGGUGUGCUGGUGAGCAACGGGGACUAUGACCGGGAGCACUUUGCAGAUAACCAGAUCCCUCUGCUGGUCAUCGGCACUAAGCUGGAUCAGAUCCUGGAGGGGAAACGGACCGAGGUUCUGACCCGCACCUCCUUCCUGGCGGAGGACUUCAAUGCAGAGGAAAUAAACCUGGACUGCACCAGCACACGGUGUCUCGCUGCCGGAUCAUCCAACGCUGUGAAACUCAGCAGGUUCUAUGACAAGGUGAUAGAGAAACGGUACUAUUCCCGGGAUGGGACCACGAUCUCCGGGUUCACAGAUCGGAAGCGAUUUGGGGGAGGUUCGUUUAAGAGCAUCCACUACGACUGAGCCGCCCUCCGGUGCGCGGCGGAACGCUGAGCAGGAAACAACUGGGGCCAUUGUAUCUUUAGGACCCAAGCCUGGACCCUGCUGACAACCUGUGUUUUCUCCCCUGGCCGUGUCAGUGAGUCAGCGACUGCCCUGCCGGGUGACAGGACAAUGUGCCGCUGGGUGUAGGACUUGCCGGUGACUCCUCAGGGCCCCCGCCUUGCUAUAAAUGUCACACCCGCAGGAUACAGAGGCCGCCAGAGCUAUACUGCACAUUACUGGGAAUGCACAAGUAUGUGUGAGAUAGUGCCAGGGCCUGCCAAUGCCACACUGUGCCCACAGUGGCCGGUCACUGCCCUGCAUAACACAGACACGUCCCACGCUACGCGCCUCAUACUCUGUCCUAGUAUUGGUGUAGAGGCCCCCCUGUGACUCUCCGCUGUGUGGACUUCUCAGACCUGGAGUAACCUGAGACGCAGGACUCUGCUGUGCGAUGCAGGCUGUCACCGGCUGUACGUCUGCAUGGUUCCUGUGAGAGGCGUCACUCUCCAUAUAGAAAUCUCUAUACCUGGGUGUAUAUUGGGGAUGUGGCCACCCCAACACCAGAAGUCUCAGAGAGUGUUAAAAAUAAAUAUUUCCUAUUACACCGUA